ACAGCGAAGCAGCUGGAGAAGCUCGCCAAAAAAGCCGAGAAAGACUCCAAGGCCGAGCAAGCCAAAGUCAAAAAGGCCCUUCAGCAGAAGAACGUGGAGUGCGCUCGUGUCUAUGCGGAGAAUGCCAUCCGCAAGAAGAACGAGGGGCUGAACUGGCUCCGCAUGUCUUCCCGGGUGGACGCGGUGGCCUCGAAGGUCCAGACGGCCGUGACGAUGAAGGGGGUGACGAAAAACAUGGCCCAGGUGACCAAGGCCUUGGACAAGGCUCUGAGCUCCAUGGACCUGCAGAAGGUGUCUGCGGUUAUGGAUAAAUUCGAGCAGCAGGUUCAGAAUUUGGAUGUUCAUACGUCGGUCAUGGAGGACUCCAUGAGCUCUGCUACCACGCUGACCACGCCGCAGGAGCAGGUGGACAGCCUCAUCGUCCAGAUCGCGGAGGAGAACGGCCUAGAGAUCAUGGACCAGCUCAACCAGCUCCCCGAGGGCGCUUCGGCUGUUGGGGAGAGCUCAGUCCGCACCCAGGAGGACCAGCUGUCGCGGAGGUUGGCCGCCUUGCGGAAUUAA